ACAUUUACAGUUCACUGACUCUGCAUACACACACACUCAUGCCAAACACACACUUACCACACACCUAGAUACACACGCGAGUGAUUUAGAGAGCUAGACAAGAUGCUGUGCGUCAGCUCCUUCAUGGGCCAGAUGGGGAAGAUGCCUUGUAGCCUCAGCUCUGUGCUAGAGACAGUCAUCAUGGUGGAGCAGAUCCUGUCGGAGUUCAGGCUGAAGAAGGAGCAGUUGAAGGAGGUGAUGAAGAGGAUGAUGAGGGAGAUGGACCGGGGACUGCGUGUAGAGACGCACCAGGAGGCCAGUGUCAAAAUGCUGCCCACCUACGUCUGUUCUACCCCUGAAGGAUCAGAGGUGGGUGAUUUCCUGGCCCUGGACCUGGGGGGGACUAACUUCCGUGUGAUGUUGGUGAAGGUGGGGGAGGAUGAGGAGAGGGGAUGGAAGGUGGAGACCAAACACCAGAUGUACUCCAUCCCUGAGGACGCCAUGACAGGCACGGCUGAGAUGCUCUUUGACUACAUUGCUGAGUGUAUAUCAGACUUCCUGAACAGACAACACAUCAAGCACAAGAAGCUUCCUCUGGGAUUCACCUUCUCCUUUCCUGUACGACACGAAAACAUAGACAAGGGCAUUCUACUGAACUGGACCAAAGGGUUCAAGGCGUCUGGAGCAGAGGGUAACAACGUGGUGGGACUACUGAGAGAUGCCAUCAAGAGGAGAGGGGACUUUGAGAUGGACGUCGUUGCCAUGGUGAACGAUACAGUUGCCACCAUGAUAUCCUGCUACUAUGAGGACCGCAGCUGCGAAGUGGGAAUGAUUGUGGGUACUGGGUGUAAUGCUUGCUACAUGGAGGAGAUGCGGACAGUGGAGCUGGUGGAGGGGGAAGAGGGGAGGAUGUGUGUGAACACAGAGUGGGGGGCCUUCGGAGCCAACGGAGAGCUGGAGGAGUUUAGAUUGGAGUACGACAGGGUGGUGGACGAGACAUCACUCAACCCUGGACAACAACUCUAUGAAAAGCUGAUCAGUGGGAAGUACAUGGGAGAGCUGGUGCGGCUGGUAUUGUUGAAGCUGGUGAACGAGGAGUUGCUGUUUAACGGAGAAGCCUCUGACCUGCUGAAGACUCGCGGCAGCUUUGAGACGCGCUACGUCUCCCAGAUAGAGAGUGACUCUGGAGACAGGAAGCAGAUCUACAACAUCCUGUCUACGCUGGGCGUGUUGCCGUCGGAGCUGGACUGUGACAUAGUGCGUCUAGCUUGUGAGAGCGUGUCCACGCGGGCAGCACACAUGUGUGGGGCGGGGUUAGCCGGCGUCAUCAACCGUAUGAGAGAACGCCGCAGCCAGGCGGUGUUGAAGAUCACUGUGGGCAUCGACGGCUCCGUCUACAAACUCCACCCCUGUUUCCAGGACAGGUUCCACAAAGUUGUGCGGGAGCUGACGCCUCACUGUGACAUCACCUUCAUCCAAUCAGAGGAAGGGAGUGGCCGGGGGGCGGCACUUAUCUCGGCAGUAGCCUGUAAGAUGGCAGCUUGCAUGCUGACACCCUGAGAGUCGUAACAGCCUCCCACCUAUAGGGGACGAUGCAGGUGAACCAGGCUUAACUCUGACCUCAUACAGUAAAUUAUACCUCAUCUAGGGUGAUCCAGCUCUGGCCUCCUCUUGAAGCUUUCACAGAGUAAUCUGUAACUCCUCAUUGGUGAGAGAAGCAAUACGGGUGUGGAUAACUCACUGUACAUAAAAAAUAACCCCACCACGCAGCACACACAACAUGGGAAACACAGAGACAGAUUCAAUCAUCACUUUUCCCAGUGUACAGUAUUAUACAGAUGUGUUUUUGAACUGAUGAGCCUCUGACAAUUCCCUGCAGUCCCACAAUGUAUAAGUGGUGAGUCCCAGAAAGCAAUGAACCCUUGUUUAAACAUGUUCUCAAGCUUCCACUGAUUGCAGGUAUUUUAAGCUUGAUUAAUAAUGUAAUAUAAUGUUAAAGGGAAAAAGAUUGGCAUUGAUUUAUAGCAUCAGUAUGUUUUUUUAGUUUGAUGCUGUCUGUUUAAUCCAGAGAUGUUACCGUAUAUAAUUUAAAAUUUAAGGGAUUAUCCAUUUCAAAUGUAUUGCAGUGCAGUCUUUCACUUACUGUUCGUGGGAAAUUAAAUAUUUCUUUGAUAGUGUAUUUAUAAAAGUUAUGUAUCUGUGAUGAGCGUAAAGGUCUUAAUUCCUAUUAUGUAUAUCUAAGAAUGAUAAUGUGCUUUGUAAUGUGACAAUUUUUUAUUGUUGUAAGUAAAGUUGCUGUAUCAUACAAAUAUUGAGUUGUGUGCCUAUCAUCAUUUGAAAUUGAAGGGGCCAAAUAACUGAAGUGGCUUUAGUGUACAUGACCAUAUCCUGUCAUAAAGAACUGUCAAGUUUUUGUUUCUGUUUAGUAAAGUGAGCAACUCACACAAAGUUUCCCAGGCAAACACCCAAUGCAACUAAAUAGGACUGUGAACUACAGUCAUACUCAGUGGUGUAAAGUAAAAAUGCUUGAAAGUUCGACUUAAGUCGUUUUUUAGGGUAUCGGUACUUUACUUUACUUAUAUAUAUUUUUAACAACUUUUACAUUUACUUCACUACAUUCCUAAAAAAAAUGAUGCACUUUUA